AUGAGUGUCCAAGAUCUUGCUCGUUCCCUCGUUGCCGCUGGUUCAAUCAAGCUCCCAGAUGAUGAAGGUGGAGGGAUUUAUGUCCUAAGUGUGAAAGACGGAGACCUCGUCGAGAAGUAUUGGGUAGGCGACGCGGUAGAAGACGAGAAUGUCAUUGCUUCAGGCGUAAGGAAUGAUACUUCGGCUUCAUAUCUGCCAAGCUCUGAGCAAAUGUCUCGCCUUGUUAUUUUCAUUGACCAGGAGAAUUCUGUGCGAUGCUAUGCAUACGAAGAGGAUAUGGAAGAGUGGGAAGAGACACCACUUGGUGACAAAUGGAACAUUACGACCAGCCCAAAGAGUAAGCUGAGUGCAAUCAUCGGCCCAGAGGGAGAGAUGGUAGUCUCUUACCAGGACGAAACCGACCGUCUAGCCGUCGUAAUGAGUGCGGGCGAGAAUGAGUGGGCUUCCUUCGGACCCCUUGAGGGCGAUCCCAUCGUGGGAACACCCCAGUGUCUUGAGAUUAUUAACGAUAAGCUUCAUCUCUUCUACGUGGAGAAGGGAUCCGGGAUUGGUUACCUCGUUUUCAACUCUAGUACCGGCAGCUGGCAAGCCAACGUGCUUGAAAACACCAAGUUCAGCACUGUUAUCGAUAAUUUUAGCGUUGCCGAAGACCUCGAAACUGGAUCUCUCCAGAGCUACUUCCUUACUGAUGGUUCCUUGUGGAAUGUCAGUGGAGAAAAAGAGAAGACAUUCUUGGGCGAGGUGAAUGGUGAUGGCAAACUUGUUCCUUCAGGCAGGGCGCAGGCUGGAUGGAAGGUUAAAUGGAGAGGAGCUCGGAAAGUCAAGAUUUCAAUGGGAAACGAAAAACUGCGGGACUUCAUGGAUUUCGAUCUAGAAAACUACCAGGUCCCUGUACCAUACUGGCAUUCCACUCAACGAAGAGAUGAGACAUGUGUAACCGAGAGUUUUGGAAUAGACUUGUCUACACCAGCACGCCGGUGGGAAACUUGGGUGGUUAAACUGACCUUUGAGAAGCUUGGUAGCGAAAAACAUGGUAAUGGCUUCUAUGUCAAUGUUCCUAACGCCUCCUACGAUAUAAUCCUCACAGCUGGGCACAACCUCGUUGACAAACCACAACACUACUGCUCUAAUAUUAAGAUUGUCCAAGACCCUUUCGAAAAACGGGAUAUUGAUGUAAAACCGGAAAUGAUUCGUGUUUGCCGGAAGUAUUUUGAUGAUCCUGAUGAGCUAAAUGAAAUCUACGACUACGGUGCUAUCCUCCUGAAACGACCCCCAUCUAAGCGACAUCGUGGCUUUGGAUUUCAUCUUAUGCUAGGCCUUCCACCACAACUAGGAAAAGGCGCAGCUUAUACCGAAGAUGAAGACAAGGACAUUCUUCAGGAUCAUAUGGUGUAUGUCUGCGGAUAUACACCCGAAGACUCACCGCCUGAUAAAUCGCCGCGGAGGUCGGAGGGCAGAUGUAUUGGGACAAACUUGCAUCAACUUCGUUACGAUGCUGGUACUAAACCGGGGAUGAGCGGUGGACCUGUCUGGGUGGGGUUUCGUGGGGUUGAGAUGAUUGUAGCGAUUCACACUUACGGAGAAGCGAAGGAGACCGCAGGCAAUAGGGGAACCCGCGUGAAUCUGUACAAUAUAUGGCGCGACAUAUUUAAAUGGCUUAAUGUUGGUUGGCAUGGAAAAUCACUUCAUUGCUGUAACCCUUCAACAUACAGUAUGCAUCUUCACCUGCCACAGGAGAACACCACCGCACCUAACGAGGGUCGAGUCCGGGUAGGCAAACCUGGUCGGGUGGAAACAUUAUUUGAUGUUGUACCUGUGGCGGCAAGACCAACCGCCAAAGAUUCAAAUGCUGGCUACGGAUUUCUUCUGAGGCCAGUAGGCCUUGACGUUAAGGAUACCUGGCCUACCAGCGUUACAUCUCCUUGGGUGCGAUGGGAUCCUAAGAAGAACAAAGUCUCGCGCUCGAACCGCUUUAAUUCACAGUGCGAAGUCAAGCUCCCCGGGCUGAUUAUAAAGCCAGAGAAGCCGUUUGAAAUACAAACACAGGAGGGAAAUGGUUGGAAGCAAGUACAGAUGGAAAUGGAAUUUCUUGACGAGGGAGACCUCGAGCUGUUAGAAGAAGACCCCCAGAGUUUCGAGGAUACAUCAGAAAUUUCAUUCGGACCAAUCACCAAGAACAAGAACAAGCUAUUCCAAUUCAAAUAG